GAAACAAUGUCAUGAGGACCAUCCAUGGUGUAGGAGAGAUGAUGACCCAAAUGGUACUGAGCAGAGGGUCUAUAUUUCCCAUCAGUGCCCCUGAUGUACAGCCAAGCAUUCACCCAAGCAAGCAAGCCAGCACCUCAGACAGUGAAGAUGUGAUUGUAAUGGACACCAAAUUGAAAAUCAUUGAGAUUUUGCAGUUUAUUCUCAGUGUUAGACUGGACUAUAGAAUAUCCUACAUGCUGUCUAUCUAUAAGAGGGAGUUUGGGGAAAACAAUGAAAAUGUUGAUUGCUCUACAACAUCCCCACCUGACACACCAGGCAUCGCCUCAGCAGUUGUUCCUGACAUAGAUGAAAUUGCAGCUCAGGCUGAAACCAUGUUUGCUGGCAGAAAGGAGAAGAAUGCAGUUCAGCUUGAUGAUGAAGGAGGCAGAACUUUUUUACGGGUCCUCAUUCACCUCAUCAUGCAUGACUACCCUCCUUUGCUCUCAGGUGCUCUGCACCUGCUAUUUAAGCACUUCAGCCAGAGAGCAGAAGUUUUGCAAGCAUUUAAACAGGUUCAGUUGCUGGUGUCUAAUCAAGAUGUUGAUAACUACAAGCAAAUCAAGGCUGAUCUUGAUCAGCUACGUCUGACUGUAGAAAAAUCAGAAUUGUGGGUUGAGAAGAGCAGCAAUUAUGAGAGUGGAGAGGUGGGCGACAAUCAAACAAAAGGGGGAGAAGAACCAAUAGAGGAGUCAAAUAUCUUGAGUCCAAUACAGGAUGGGACCAAAAAACCCCAGAUAGACAGCAAUAAAAGCAAUAACUACAAUAUUGUUAAAGAGAUUUUGAUUCGACUCAGCAAACUGUGUGUUCAGAAUAAAAAAUGUCGGAAUCAACAGCAACGAUUGCUGAAAAAUAUGGGCGCCCACUUGGUAGUCUUGGACCUUCUGCAGAUACCCUAUGAAAAGAGUGAUGAAAAGAUGAAUGAAGUUAUGAAUCUAGCCCACACUUUUCUUCAGAAUUUCUGUCGAGGAAAUCCUCAGAAUCAAGUUCUCCUCCACAAAAAUCUCAACUUGUUCUUAACUCCAGGGCUGCUGGAAGCUGAAACCAUGCGGCACAUCUUCAUGAAUAAUUACCUUCUGUGUAAUGAAAUUAGUGAAAGAGUGGUGCAGCACUUUGUACACUGCAUUGAGACCCAUGGCCGUCAUGUGGAGUACCUGCGUUUCCUGCAGACCAUUGUGAAAGCAGAUGGCAAAUAUGUGAAAAAAUGCCAGGACAUGGUAAUGACAGAGCUGAUAAAUGGUGGUGAAGAUGUAUUGAUAUUCUACAAUGACAGAGCUUCAUUUCCAGUCCUACUCCAAAUGAUGUGUUCAGAGCGAGAUCGAGCAGACGAGAGCGGACCCUUAGCAUAUCACGUCACUCUGGUGGAAUUGCUAGCGGCUUGUACAGAAGGAAAGAAUGUAUACACAGAGAUCAAGUGCAAUUCACUCCUGCCACUGGAUGAUAUAGUAAGAGUAGUGACCCAUGAUGACUGCAUACCUGAGGUGAAAAUUGCCUAUGUUAAUUUUGUUAACCACUGUUAUGUGGACACUGAAGUGGAAAUGAAAGAAAUCUAUGCCAGUAACCAUAUUUGGAAGUUAUUUGAGAACUUCCUUGUUGAUAUGGCAAGGGUUUGCAACACAACAACGGAUCGUAAACAUGCAGACACAUCUCUGGAGAAAUAUGUCACUGAGCCUGUAAUGAACAUUGUGAGUGGCUUCUUCAAUUCGCCAUUUUCAGAUAACAGCACCAGCCUCCAGACACACCAACCUGUUUUUAUUCAGCUGCUGCAGUCUGCUUUUAGAAUUUACAACUGUACCUGGCCAAACCCAACGCAGAAAGCCUCAGUGGAGUCAUGUAUCAAGACUUUGGCUGAAGUGGCAAAGAACCGUGGGAUUGCAAUUCCAGUGGAUUUGGACAGCCAGGUCAACACCUUGUUCAUGAAGAGUCACUCUAACAUGGUGCAGAGGGCAGCCAUGGGGUGGAGAAUGUCAGCCCGCAGUGGACCUCGUUUUAAAGAAGCUCUUGGUGGGCCUGCCUGGGAUUACAGGAAUAUAAUAGAAAAACUACAGGACGUAGUGUCCUCCUUGGAGCAGCAGUUCACUCCCAUGAUGCAAGCUGAAUUCUCAGUGCUGGUUGACGUGCUGCACAGUCCAGAACUUCUUUUUCCUGAGGGGAGCGAUGCCAGAAUAAGAUGCGGUGCCUUCAUGUCCAAGUUGAUUAAUCACACAAAGAAGCUAAUGGAGAAAGAAGAAAAGCUCUGCAUUAAAAUUCUUCAGACGUUACGAGAAAUGCUUGACAAGAAAACUAACUUUGCGGAAGAG